AGUUUCUCAGCCACAUUCUAAAGUUUUCGCCCGUUUUUCCCCCGCCAUUGCACAGCGCCGUCAGCGCCACUUUUUUCGUUGCUUUCCGCGCUCGCUAAUUGGCAAACCAGAUACACGGAAAAGUACAUACGCAAAAGGAACAAAAAGAACAAAAGGAGGAAAACAACAGUUAGUCGUCAAAUCUCCGACGCGCGUCUGACAGAGCUGGGAAUAAGCUCAAUUCACACACUACAAUACGUACAUUAUCGCAUAAGCAGUAGAAACCAGAUUACCAUGAGCUCCACGGAGGAUAACAACAGCAGCAGCCCGGCCACCACGCCCCAGGAGGGCGAGGCCCCUGAGCAGACCAAUCCCAGGGAUCUCGAGAAGAUUGAGGAGGAGAAGCUUAAGUCGAAGUACUCGAGCGGCAUGCGUGUGCCCGGAGGCCACUCGGCGUUCCUCCAGAAGCGUCUGCAGAAGGGGCAAAAGUUCUUCGAUUCGGGUGACUAUCAGAUGGCCAAGCAGAAGGGUGGCAGCGUCAAGCAGGUCUUUGCCAACAAGGUGACCACCGGCGAAGCCAUACCAACACCCGAGACCGUGCCGGCACGCAAGACCUCGAUCAUUCAGCCCUGCAACAAGUUCCCAGCGACAAGCUAAGCUGUCGUAACGCCUCCCCCAAAACACCCAAACACACAUCCCCAAACGCAAAGCCCUCUCCCAGCAGCCCACCCCUCAAAUGCUCCUAACAUAUAACCUAAAUUUCAAAUGCUAAUUGCGGCGCACUUUCAGCCCAACUACAAGCAUUUCGCGGAUGUUUCAGUUGGUUUUUUUUUUUUGUGUUCAUAAAACUCCCAAAAAGAUCGGUUCUCCAAAACCUUAUUAAUUUUUAAGAGAAACUGCUCAGCAUAUUCCUUCGGUUAAACACACACACACACACACUACUUGUACCCCCCAAAUCUCAAGAUCAAGUCAUUUCUCAUGCCAAGGAAGUUGGGCAGCACGAAGCUUGUUGCAGAAUAUGCAUAUAUAUACCCGUAUCUGCGUAACAUUAUCUUAACCUACCCAGAUUGUAUGUAGCCUUAAGUAUUAAAAGCAUAAUAAACAUAAGUUGGAGCCAGCAAGCUA